AUGCAAGCUCCUAUGCAGCCCAAUUACGCUCGGGGGUUUCCCCAACAAGCACAGCGGUCUCCCGCUGCGCCCCGUCGCCCCCCAGUACCAGGCGGCGCAAUGCCCGUCCCAAUGCCUCAACAGGCUGUUAACCCACAGUACAUGCAUGCGCAACGCGCCAUGCCCCACCCUAACGACGCUGCUCUUCGUCGCAGCCGCAAGCCGACAGACAGGAAUCUCCCCGACGGCAUUGAAGAGGUGAUCAUCGGCGAAGGUGUACAGCAAUAUAAGAACCUCCGCGAUUUGGAAAAGCGACUGGAUGCAGCGGUUGUACGGAAAAGAUUGGAUAUCCAGGACUCGAUCAACAAGACUGUCAAAAAGUACCGGACUAUGCGCAUCUGGAUCUCUAAUACCGUCGAGAGUCAGCCGUGGCAAGGUGCCGGCAGCAACCCUGGAUCUGGUCGGUACAAGGUCCGCAUUGAGGGACGCUUGCUGGAUGACGAGACCGACCCUACGGUCCCCGACGAUGAGGAGAAGGACGAAGAUGCGAUGGAUCACGACGGCUCUGAGGAGGAGAAGGCGAAGAAGGCCGAGUCGAAGGCCCAGUCCCAACGCUUCUCGCACUUCUUCAAGGCUAUCACCAUCGACUUUGACAAGCCCGUCACUGCAAUCCCCGAUGAGGUCAAGCCUGUCCACUGGUCAAAACCAAUGCUGCCUCCCAACACCACAACGCCACCCCCGAAUGCUGAGUUUGAUAGCCUACAGUUCUCGCGCGCCUCCCAGGACAACCUGAACGUCACAAUCAGCCUUGUGCGUGACGAAAUCCCAGAGCGAUACAAGCUGAGCAAGGAGCUUGCCGAGGUUCUGGAUGUCGAAGAAGAGACUCGAAGUGGAAUCGUGCUCGGAAUCUGGGACUACAUCCGCGCCAUGGAGUUGCAGGAGGACGAGGAGAAGCGUCAAGUGCGCUGCGAUCACCGUCUGCGCUCGAUCUUCGGCCGAGACCAGAUGUUCUUCCCUCAGAUUCCCGAAAGUGUCGGACCUCACACCAGCCCAAUGGAGCCCAUCAAGCUCCCAUACACUAUUCGUGUCGACGAAGAAUUCCACAAUGACCCCACACCCACCGUCUACGAUAUCCAGGUCGCGGUUGAAGACCCCUUGCGCACCAAGAUGAUGGCUCUCACCCAGAACCCACAGUACACAGCUGGCAUGCGCCAGAUCUCCUCGCUGGAUGACCAAGUUGCUCUGAUCGUCCAGGCUCUAACACACUCCCGUGCUCGCCACUCCUUCUACACUGCCCUCAGCAAGGAUCCCGUCAACUUCGUUCGCCGCUGGGUCAACUCCCAGCGCCGUGACCUGGAGACGAUCCUUGGCGAGGCUACCCGUGGUGGUGGUGAAGAUGGUAGCGGGCCUGAGUUCCGCUAUGGCGGUAACGAUGGACCUUGGGAUACUGUUGUUGCCAAGGAAGCUGUGCGGUACAUGCUGGCUAAGCCUGAAGCUGCGGGUGUUCGGUAA